CGCUCAGUUCUUCCUGGGAUCUCGCUGCGAGCGCUCGCCUUUACGGAUGCGCAAUCCGUCCGUGCGACUAACUAAUCGGCUCGACACCUAUCGAGGAUCACUACCGCGAACCCCAAAAGCAGCGCACACCCAUUACCCCCGCGAACUCUUGGCGGGUGAUGAAACUCGCGGCACUGGUUCUCCGCGUGUGAUAUACCAUCGAUUUCUCAUCGGCAACUGAAUCAUCCGUCUAUAUACGGGACAGAGCGACGAGGGUGGAUCGUGUACCCAAACUAGUCGAGCUGCGUGGGGCAUUUCACCACCUCUGCAACACAAUGACGAAGGACCAGCAGGCCACGCCGAUUCCCGAGGAGCUGUACAACCUCACCCAGUUGGCGGAGGUCACUCUGGCGGCGGGUCCUCUGAGCACAGCCGAGGCGAAGCCAGCACCCGUUGGUGGAGCUAGUCUCUAUGCCUCCUCGGAUGACGAGUCCAACCACUACAGCCACAAGGUGUUCGACCGCAGGAAAUCGCGCCGCUGCACCAUCUCCGACUCGAAUUCCUGCACCAGCAGCAGUUCCAGUUCCACCUCCAGCCUGCAGUCCUCGGAGGACCACCGCCUGGGACUCCAGGGGCAUUCGGCAGAGCACCACCAUGCGGAGCAGGGCGAGAUCCUCAGCACCACUUCGCUGCUGGAGGACGAGCACAUCUGCCCCGAAUGCGGCAAGAAGUAUUCCACAUCCUCCAAUCUAGCGCGUCACAGACAAACCCACAGGUCGAUCAUGGACAAGAAGGCGCGUCAUUGUCCCUAUUGCGAGAAGGUGUACGUCUCGAUGCCUGCGUACUCGAUGCACGUGAGGACCCACAACCAGGGCUGCGAGUGCCCCACCUGCGGCAAAUGCUUCUCGAGACCCUGGCUCCUCCAGGGCCACAUCCGCACCCACACCGGCGAGAAGCCCUUCAAGUGCAGCGUGUGCCAGAAGGCCUUCGCCGACAAGAGCAACCUGCGCGCCCACAUCCAGACGCACUCGAACACCAAGCCACACACCUGCGCCCGUUGCGGCAAGGCCUUUGCCCUCAAGUCCUACCUCUACAAGCACGAGGAGUCCUCCUGCAUGAAGAACCGCGGUGGGGUCUCGGGAUCGGGAUCUGGAUCCGGCACGGGCGUGGGCUCAACUUCCAGUAACCGACCUCCCACAUCGCCCAAGAGGCAGCAGUUGGAGGUGGGAAGCGGUUCCAGCUUGGCAUUGGUUCCUGCCCCCAUGUGUGCUGCUCCUGAUUCGGCGAAAUCCACGCUGGCCAACAAGCUCCUGCAAAAGGAGAAGGAGCGCAGACAGGCCUUGGCCUUUCAGGGAUACCCAUCUGCAGCCGAGAUACAUCCUUACAGCCAGGCUGCUGCUGCCCUGGAGGAGUACGAGAAGUUUAAGCGGAUCAACGUGAUCCAGCCCACGGUCCUGCCCCACAGGAUUCCCAGCCUCUACCACGAUCUGCCCACCUUGCCCCUGUCCUUGCCCUAUCACUUUCAGGCCCAGAGCACGGGCACUCAAGGGGUGGGGGCCAUGGCAAUCACCACCUCCACGCAGGAGCAGCCUGUUGACUUUUCGCCCAAGAACAACUUCACACACUCGGCCAAGACGAGUCCCUUCGAGCUGACUGGGAACUACGCCAUGGUGGCGUAGGAGACCACCGACCAGGACACCAAGCAAAAGACACCGGAGAGAGCAAGAGCACUACCUACACCGAUUCGAGGAGACCCUUUUCAAAACCCACUAAAACCAAACCCUAACUAAACCAAGUCCAACCAAAGCCCCCGAAACCAGGACCUUUUCUUACUGUAGUCAACGAAUAUGUGAUAAAAAUGCAAAAGAGCUAAAGUACCAUUAGAGAGUAGAUGAUUCCAGAAAGCUUAUCGAGCAGAAGAGUUCUCUCUUCUCUCCUCCAAAAAGAACCCCACAUGCGACGGGGUAUAUACACAGUAGUAUGUAGAGAGACAGGUUGGAUCGAUCCCCGAUUGAUCGUUUGAUCUUCACUUAGUUGUAAUAAGAGACUUCUUAGAGACUUGCCAAGAACAGCGACAAAAAACCAACGUAACCAGUAUUUUUUUAUAGCACACGAUCAUCGAUCGAAGAGCGAGAGUUAGAGAUACAGCAUCCCAAACACGAUCGAACAACGCAGCAAAGCUACAAACUUUACACAUAGUCAUCUAGCAUUAUGAUUUUACAAAGAACUAGGCGUAACCAAAGAUACUAUUUCUAUAGAUAUUUCUGAAUCUGAACGCACACUACUAACCCCCAUUAAUCACUUUGCAUUAAGGCACCGAUCGACUUCCUGCUUCCGGCACGGAAGUCGGUCCAAACGAGAGAAUUUCUAGUCUUUAUCUGUAAAUUCAGCGCACAUUUGGCGAAAGAACCAGGGGGGUCCUCGAGAUCCCCGUGCCUUCUUGUGCCUUCUUGUGCGUGGCGUUAUUUUAAGCACUUUACGGCCGCAUGUGGUGCAAUAAUUGACAUAACUGUAGCACUAAUUAGCCCCUACCACAUACACACCAUCACUUUCACGUAGAAAUCUGUAUAUUUUAAUUUUAUUUCAUCUCGUUUCGGAGGGAUUGCUUAUGUACUGUAGCACUGGCCCCCUAGUUACCGAGAGACAGACACCCACUGCAUUUCGUAAGCUCCGACUCGACCUACAGCUAACGCACCAAAGAUACUUCGAUUUAGAUGCAGACGCAUACUACCUUUAUAUACUCGUACUUACCAUAUACACCAACAGAUAUAUAUACACGUAUACGUAGCUCUUAGACUGUAUUAUAGACUUGCACAUUGAUUCGAAUUAAAUGAGAGAUCCAUAGAUCCCACAAAAACUGUA